UCCCGAACAAGAAUUGGCCAAUGCUUACCACUGUCUGUCUGGAGAUCUUCAUUGACCCCACAAUCCCGCAUGUCCCGCGGGCUAAGCCUGCUCAGCAGGGCUGUGCUUCGGCAUGCCACCCUAUUUCCACCGCCCGCAGCCGCAGGUCGCCCAUUCCUGGGAUGGAGAAAAAGUUGCGCCGUCUCGAAGGCCAGCCUUCGACGUCCUCACUCCAGCCAUCCCCUGGAGCGGGCUUCAAACUGGUGACAGUUGCGUGUCCUGCCGAUUGCGGUGCGCUGUCACCCAUUGACAAUUCCCCUAAACGUUAACUGUUAACUAGGUAUACGAUACCCGUUCUUUACAAGAAAAGUUCCACUCUGAUUCGUCCCAUCUCGGUUCCCCUCGAUUCCGUUUCCCGUUCCCCACGAGGACCCUGAGCACUGCCAUGGGCGACCCCGGCGACGGAUGGCAGACUGUCAUGCCCACAUCCCACUCUGGGAUGGAGCGCCUGUCCCAUCUGCAACUAGAGGAUGUUGAGCGCCAGAUCCUCCGGGAAUGGGAGACGUCGCGGGGCCAUUGGUCUGGCAUAGGCAAGCAUACUCCCCUGGACGACUUUACCGAAGCCAAGAAGCUACACAAUCGAUUCAAGUGCGACGCCCAGCUCGGUGUCGGGAGCUUUGGCGUCGUCGAAAAAGUCAAAUACACCAUCAACAACCGACGAAUAUGCUUAGCUCGGAAGCUGGUUCGCCCGCGCUACAGGCGCCAGCCCAUCCACCAACUGCGCGAGGAGGCCAAUGUCAUGGAGAAACUGGAUCAUGAGCACAUCGUGAAGCUGGUCGGGACGUACUGCAUCCAAACGAACUUGUACCUCCUGCUAUGGCCCGUUGCCGUCUGCAACCUCGACUGCCUGCUCAACGACCUCGACUGCCUCAAGAUGGGCCUCGGCGAUCGCGACGAUAUCGUCAGCCGCCUGCAUGCACUUGCGCUAGAUCCCAACGACCACACUGCCGUGGAGCGGACCCGUCCUGCGACACAUGCCGCCGCCAGCCCGGGGACUUCCCCCCUCACCUAUCUCCGGCAAAUCAUGGGAUGCAUCACGCGGGCCGUCGCAUACUGUCACCAAGCCAAUAUCCGCCAUCUGGAUCUCAAGCCGUCCAACAUCCUCCUCAACCCCGGCCGCGUCUACCUAGCCGACUUUGGCAUCGCCAAGGACGUCCACGAUCGGGACCACACCAUGACGAGGGGCCAGGCCGGGACGCCGAAGUGGCGGGCUCCCGAGCUCCAUCAGGUCCAGAAUGACUGGUCCAUGAAGGCGGCAGACGUCUACUCCCUCGGAAUGGUGUUGCUAAGCAUUGCCACUUUGAUCCACGACGCCCCGUUGGACGAAUUCGAUGACAUGCUCGGCGAACUGUCGCCGGAGGGGAGGGCCGAGAAGCUGCAGCGCUACCUCCGCAAGCUUGAGACCCUGGCUUUGGCCACCCAGGACGUGGAUGACGUGAAUGCGCCCACGUUUGGUCCGAAACACAUCGUCGAGCUCGCAUCGCGAAUGCUCUCAUCGACGCCGGAGUCGCGUCCCGUGAUUUUUCAGGUCGAGUCAGAGCUCGUCGAACUUGGCGGCAUCGACCAGGUUUACCACGCCCCCUGCUGCAAGAAGAGCAGCCGCUACGUGACGGAUCGGAUGAACGCCAAGCUCAAGCUGGUUGUUGACGAACGAGACCGGCUGCGGGCGGAGCACGAGGCCAUGGCCAAGCGUCUGCAGGUCCUCGAAGCCAAGGACGCCACAUACGAGUCGCGCCUCGUGAACGAACGCAACACAUAUCGCGAUCAUAUCACCAAUUUGCAAGCGCAACUGGAAGCAGAGCGCCUUGAGCGCAAGAACUUGGAAGCGUCCAUCCAAGAGCUGGACAGACGACACCGAAAGCAGCAACGACCCGGCGUUCCGCAGCCGGCCUCAGAUCGUCAGGCUACCCCCGGCCGUCCCAGCACUGGCACCCUGGAGAUGAGGAAGCGGCCACUCGCCCACCCCAAGGUGGGCGCCGUUUCACAGCAAAUGGGACCCCCCGCGCCGGUUCCCCAGCGGAGCCCCGCGCCAACGGGGCGCAGCCCGCGGCCCGGCUACUCCCAAACGGCGGCGGUUGCAGCCGCUCAGACUCUUUUGGCGACCAUUCCCCGCCGGGACUCCCGCAUUCCCUCUCCAUCCGCGGCCAGUACCGCCGUCUCUACCACCAGCCCCAGCCCCGACACCGCCGGCUUCCCGCUCCGGUCCCGCACCUCGGUCUCCCAGAUUCCCCGCGCCGUCAACCCCACCACUCCCAUCCGCUCCAACACACCCAUCCUCAACCGCGACCCCUCCUCCACCGACAGCACCCAGUAUAGCAUGAGCAGCUCCGUCUUCAGCCGCAUGAGCCAGUCCAGAGCCUCGCUCGCCGACACAAGCGUCGCCGCGUCGCCACUCACCGGCAACAGCCCGGCCACGCUGCACUUGCGACGGGUGGCGAGCCCGACUGCCACACCGGCGGACCCUCCUCGCCCCGCCGGCGCUCCGCCGAAAGCGCCUCCCACUACUGCUCCCAGCAAUGAUCAAAGCGACGAGCCCGAAGACCCAGCACCCCGGUCCACCUCCCCGGAGGGCGUCGUCCACGGCCUCGGCCUCGGCCUGACGGAUCGCGAGCGCAGGGACAGCCUCGCCACCAGCAGCAGCGGCGACGGGCUGGGAAGCCAGCCUGUUCCGCCGGAGCGAGAGAGUGUGCGCGACGCGGCGAGCGUGGCCGGCUCGGCCGCCCCGCCCGGCACGCUGAGUCCCGUGCUGAGCGCCUCGGUUGUGUCGGCCGCGUCGUCCCCUCGGGCGACGCAUGCUGCGAUGGCGGAGGCGGUCAGGAGUGGUGCUGCUGGUGGUGGCGGUGGUGGUGGGGGGUUACCGAGGGUGCCGCCGCUCCCCACGGCCAGGAGCUGGGCGGAUGUGGCCAGGCGGAAUGGGAGGAGAGGGUGAGGUUGGAUGGGAAAAGAGAUGGGUGUUGGGGUUGGGGAUGAAGCAUUCUGAUCGGGAGCAGGUGUUUGUUCGAAAAGGGAUUGCAUAUGUCUGAACGUGGACUUGGACGUGUGUCCAGGGCACGCUUGGUGUUCUGGCUUUGCGCUUCCGAACAGGGCAGGUGCAAAACGGAGAAAGGAUCAUGAUGUCAAAUGAUUGAUGGUAUAUAGAGAAAAUGAAGCGCCAACACUUCAUGUCAUCACUUACAUCCGUUGAUAUUCGCUUUAUCCUAAAUGAUAUCCCAGCCUCCCGCCCUCCUCUCCUGCCUCCAUCGCGAUGCUUCUCGGCGUCCUUCUCAUCCCCAUUCCAUGCCAGA